UUCCUAAACGCAUCACUCUCUGAACUUUCAGACGGCUCAAACACUUAAACGCAGCAUGUACGAGCCAGUCGGCUAGCUUAACAUUCUGCUAGCAACAACAGUCGUCCAAACAUUCGUGUCUGCAGCGACAAACGACCCGCUUAACUGAUGACUCCUGCCGUAACAUAGAGUAAGAGGACCUGGGUUAUCCUUCACCAGCACAAAUGGACGUCGGUGAGUGCGUGUUGUCGGCGGGCAGAGCCGUGUUGGACAUGGUGGAGCGAGAGUGGCAGCCCCUGUCUCCGGGCGAGCUGGAGCAGCGGCUGGACCAGGCGGUGGAAGAGAUACUGGAGGCUGACCUCAUAGCAGAACUCAAAGCUCAGCCUGCCCCGACUUUAUACGUACAGUUGCUGCAGAGUCAACCUAAUGCGGGGCCCCAGGUCUUGCACACGGCCGCGACGGCAUGCAGUCCCCCGGAGGAAGAGACAGCAGAGCCCCGGGAGCGGCUGGAUACUGUGGACAGUGCAGCAGUGAAGUACAUCACAGACCUGCUCCAGAGCUCCAAAUCCCGGGCUCGAAUGGCCGGACGGGCUCGCUUAUCCCUGUCCCACACCAUCCUGCUGUCCCUCACCCUGCUCUCUGAGCGCGUCAGCUACCGCUCUGUGUCCCGCCGCUUCCACCUGGAGAAAGGAAACAUCCACAGGAUCUUCUUUUCUUUCUGUGAGCGCGUCAACAUGCUGGAGGAGAGGCAAAUCAGAUGGCCAGUCGGCGAACAGGCGGUAGAGGCCCUUUUCCCGCUCUCCAGGCCUGAGAAUGGGCAGGAGGAUGAGGAGCAAAGUGUUCCUCAGGUCCUGGGAGUGUUGGGGCACACCCAGAUCCCUAUCCGGCUGCCUCUGGGGAAACAUGAUGUGGAGAGCACAGUGCCUGAGGUGAAGAGGAUGAAGAAGGAGGCUCAUCCUGACUCCUGGUUAAACGUUGAGCUUUUAUGCAACCGUGGAGGCAGGUUCCUCCACUGCAGAAUCAGUAAGGGAUCAGACUUGGACAGAGGCAGUGCUCUCAGAGACAAACUUAAAAGGCAUCCUGAACUGAUGCCUCCUGGCUCCUGCCUCGUAGCCAGAGCUGGCUACCCGCUCACUGCUCAGAUUUUAACUCCCUACCCAAGUCAUGGGCCAAGAGAGGAGCUCUUCAACAAGACGCUGGAGGAGCAUUUUCACAUCCUGGAUCAGGCCGUUGCCAACCUGAGAGCCAGAUUUCAAAGGCUCAGGUAUCUGGAUAUUGGGAACUUUGACCGAGCCAGAGCUGUUGUGCUGACCACCUGCGUGUUGCACAAUGUGUUUCUGGACAUGGGACAAGUGGUUCAAGGAGAAGUCGAGAAAGAGGAAACCAUAGCCGGAGAGGAAGGGGGGGAGGUGGAUGACGAGGGUGUACGCAGACGUGAUACCAUCUCAGACUGGUUGUUUAAAAACUUUGAGUCUGGAAGCACAUGAUGUGAUGGUGUCUGUUAGAGAACUUGUGUCCACGGUCCUGUAAGAUAAAGUUUUAUUUUAACA